AUGUAUAUAAUUUUUUUUGAGGCAAUAACCUGCAAGUAUAAAAAGCAAGCAAGCACUUCGAUCAACUGGUGUUUUGCAUGCAAUAAAGCGUUUUUUACAGUAUCAGGACAGCUCAAUGCAGAAACAUAUGCAUCUGCUCUCUCUGAUGUAUACACAUUUGGUCCUACUUUUAGGGCAGAGAAUUCCAACACUUCGAGGCAUUUGGCUGAAUUCUGGAUGAUAGAACCUGAACUUGCUUUUGCUGAUCUAAAUGAUGACAUGGCAUGUGCAACUACUUAUCUCCAAUUUGUGAGUCAACUAUCAGCAGUUCCUUUAGUUGCCUUAUCCGGAUUUGGCCUCUAUGAGUUAGGCUUUCUCAGUGUUGCCAAGUGUAUUGAGAUUGAGCUUCCACAUAUAAUUCUGUUGAUAAUCUUUUCCCAGGUGACUGGAAACCAAGUUGCAAAAAUCACCUUUCAUAACGCUGUGAUUAGAGUCUGUAGCUGGCAUCCAUACUACCAUAUGCUUGUGAGCUAUUCUUGGGAUUGUCAAAUUGCUAGAUGGCAAUUCUAGGGUUCUGAAUCAAUUCCUUCCGUUAUUGACAAUAAACGCCAUCGAAGGCAACAGCCUGAGCAAAGGACACUUCCCUGAUGCUUUGCGCUCUUCCUCGAGUUUCUGUUUGUUAUUUAUAAUCUCUUGGCAUUUAUAAUUUCUCAUGACAUGGUGCAAAUUCUUUUUGAAGAAGAGACACUGACAAAGGGGAUCAACGUCAUGUAUUGCGAGAUCUUUAUCAUCUAGACUACCCUAGCUGAUGAGACCUCAAUUCCUUUGUAAAGAAUAUUUAAGUAUGAUUAUGGUGUAAAUAUUUGUAUGCAUCUUCUCUAUGAUUAUGGUGUAAAUAUUUGUAUGCAACUUCAAGGUGCAGUCAGAUUACAUUGCCUUGUAAAUAGACUAAAACAAUGUAAGAAACCUGAGAAGCCAAAUCAUAUUUCUUGCUUUUUGUUA